GGCACCUUGGGGACGCUGGGGAGAGGUCAGGCCCACGGGCCAUGAGCUUGGAGUGCCGAUGCGUGAGGUUUAUUGACAUUGCGGUUCUGCGUUUCCACAGGCCACGUGAGGCCCAAGGAGCUCUGGGGAGAUGAAGUUCAACUGCCUCUCCUUCCGGCAGCCCUAUGCAGGUUUUGUCUUAAAUGGAGUCAAGACUGUGGAGACGCGUUGGCGUCCCCUGCUGAGCAGCCACCGGGACUGUACCAUCGCCAUCCACAUUGCUCACAGGGACUGGGAAGACGCAGCCUGGAGGGAGCUGCUGGUGGAGAGGCUGGGGAGGACCCCCGCUCAGAUUCAGGCCUUGCUCCAGGAAGGGGAAAAGUACGGCCGUGGAGUGAUAGCCGGGCUUGUUGACAUUGGGGAAACUUUGCAGUGUCCAGAAAACUUAGAUCCUGAUGAGGUUGUGGAACUGGAAAAUCAAGCCGUGCUGACCAACCUGAAGCAGAAGUUCCUGACGGUGCUUUCAAACCCCAGGUGGCUGCUGGAGCCCAUCCCCAGGAAAGGCGGAAAGGAUGUCUUCCAGGUAGACAUCCCAGAGCACCUGAUCCCCUUGGGGGAGGAGGCCUGACGAGCGUGGGCUCCUCAGAGGAAGGUCACCGAGAGACCAGCUAAAUCAUGACCCAGCAGCUCGUCGUCAAACGGAGGACGUGGAAAUCGGGUUCGGUGUGGAUUGGCACUGCAGGGGAACGCGCUACCCACUAUGUGCUGUUCAUGUAAACAGCUUCUCCACUCAGAUGCAGGGAUGGGGGAGCGGGACUUUCCUUGCACGUCUCUGGGCUCGGUGACAGUCUCAAGGACUUUGACCUUCAGGAAAAAGGCAAAGCUGCCAGAGAGUUCUUGGCACUGCCACUCAUUUUGGUCCAGCUGAUUUCUGGAUUGACCAAAAAAUACGUUUUAAGAGGAAUCGUUAGUGUUCUCCCCUCUCUUUGUUCUAGUCAAACUCAUAGAGUGUUUGCACAGCAUCCAGGGGACGUUGUGUGGAGGCUGGGAGCGGGCGCUGAGUGAUUGCUGGAGAGUGACCAGCCCUGGAUGGCCUCAUUCCUGAUGAAGAGGACAUCGGACUUGGAAACAGAGCACCUGUCUGUCCUUGCAGAAGACUCUUGCUCUGUUGUAAAAGUGUCCCUUGGCUCCUGGGGCAUGAGUGUUAGACAUGUUGCACAGCCACUUCAUGUGUGAAGAAAGGAGCCUAAAUACAGCUCUUUCGGAAAAGUGA